AUGGGCCUCUCCGCUAUGGUGGAAAUUAAAGCUGAAGUUGCUCCAGAUGCUCUUCCUUUCCUGAUUUCCAGCUUAGCUGCUUUGACACUUUACUUGGAUGAAAAGCAAACAGGGUUCUCUCUAAAUGUUGCCAAUGCCUCGGGGGAUAUUUCCUUUCACUUUGAUUCUCCAGCUCGGCAUGCAUGGGUCGCUCUAGGAGGUGGAGAUAAAAUGAAAGGAGCUCUUACGCUCUUCGUAUACCUUUCAAAAGACAACAAACGCAAAUUCAACCUUCAGCCUAAGGUUGUCAAUUAUUCAGAGGAGAUGUGGAAUCAACCCACUCCAAAGAUAUCGAUGUUAAAGUUCUCGAUGGCUCAAGCAUUCAGAAUGGCCGAAUGGUUCUCAACGCCAUGUGUCAAAAUUGCCGCUCCUGAAAUUGAAGCUCGCUCAAUGUCUCGUCCGUUGUUGAACCUUGGAUGUACUUUACGCUUUGGAGCAAUAGCCAACCUCGUGUCUGAUUCGGUGACCGCAGAUGUAACCCAGCAUUCUUUCUACGGCAGGUUUACAAUGAACAUGGUCCAAGCAACUGGCCCAGGAGGAGUACCAGCAGUUGUUUCCGUCUCGUCAGGUUUUACUUUCGAAGGCGAAAAGUACGUCAAUGACGAAGACUUUGUUUCAAUGACACACGGAUACCUCAUGGCUGCGUUGGUACUUAUCUGCACGCCUCUUUUAAUGCACCAUCUUCUCUCCGGCGCCAGAUUACGGUUGAUGAACUACACCUUCUUCAUUCUUGUUCUACUCACUGGUUGGGCUUUGGGGAUUUUUGAUUCCAACAUUUACGAUUGGACUACAAGACUGGUCAUCAAAAUAUCGGACAUGUAG